CGGGAGGGGCCCGGGAUGCCGCUGACACCGGGGGCUCGGAACCUCGUGUGUGCGACUGGCCUAAGGCCCCGCUCGGGUUGCUCUUUUGUGGCAACCUGCUUCCCUUCUCCCGUAUUCGCGCAGUCCCGCGGCUUCGUGGGUGACUCUGUUCACGUUAUUCCCAAGGCCUGGUGCCGUCUUGACCGUGGUCGCGGCGAAGCCCUGUGUUUCCUACAGUCUUGAGCAGUUUGCUGUUACCCUUGUUGAAAGCUCAUCAAAGGCCACAGGUGGUGGUGGGAUUCUUCCCCCACGUGCCCCACCUCCGACCCCAACUCCCCUGUCGCACUUCGGGAGGAUUGCAGGCUGACCAAAUGGUCCCUGGCUCUUCCCCUGCUUGGUUUUUAUUCCUUUUCUUUCUUUCUCUCUUCCCUCCUCCCUUCUUUUUUCUGUUUUUAAAUGAUUUCUUAACCACUGAACAGCAACACAGGCUCGUGUAUGUGAUGGGUAUGUAAUAUACAAUGGUACGCAAUGUAAAUGAAGCAAGGUUCUCUCCCAGCCCCAGUUUGCAUUCUUACGGAAAGAUUGUUUAUAUCCGUGCACACACGACUUUUUACCCUUUUUUUGUACAAAUAGUAGCUUGCUAAACACACUCUUUUGCACCGUGUAUUUUGGAGAUCAUUUCACAUUCCUCUACCUCAGUCUUUUUCACGUCUGUGUACUAGUGCUGUAUUCAUUUAGUCAUUUAGGUCAUGUCCAGUCUGUUGUUUUCAAUAAUGCUGUAACGAACACUUUGAGUAUUGAUUUAACAAAUAUUUAUUCAGCAUCUCUGUAUGCCAGGCUCUGUUUAGUGUGUUUGAGAUACAUCACUGAACAAAACAAAUCUCUUUUACAUUCUAUGUCCUGUUACAUUCUAAGUGAGAAGGUGGACAAUUAACCACAGGUGUACUGAAUGAGGACGUUGUAGAGUAGAAGAAGUGGGUUGGAAGUUAAGUGCAGGCAGAGCCCUCGGUGUGAGUGUGCCUGAUGUGUUCAGGAAACAGUGAAGAAGCCAGUCUGCAGGAGCAGGGUCUUUGUGCACGUGUGAGUAUUUUUGUUGGUUAAAUUCUUUAUAUUUUUUGAGACAGGGUCUUACUUUGUCACCCAGGCUGGAGUGCAGUGGCACGAUCAUAGCUCGCUGCACCUCGACCUUCCAGGUUCAAGAGAUCCUCCUGCUUCAGCACCUGGGAGUAGCUGAGACUACAGGCAUGCGCCACCACGCCUAGCUAAUUGUUUUGAAUUUUAGUAGAGGCGAGGCUGGUCUCAAAUUCCUCAAACAAUCCUUCCACCUCAGCAUUCCAAAGUUUUGGAACGCCAUGGAACACAUAAGCCACUGCUCCCAGCCUUGUUAAAUUCUUAGCAGAGUUAUGGGGUCAAAGGAAUUGUUUGGAUCCCUUUUGAAAUUUUCUCACUUUGAAGCCCUAGGAGAGAAAAGCAGCCAUUCUCUAAAGGAAAUGGUGAGUAAGUAAAACAAAUCCCUAAUUGCGGAAGUCCAGAGGAUGAAAAAAUGGCAGUUUCCACGUAUUUUCAGAAUCCCAGGCUGUGUGCAGUAUUCAUGCCUGUAAUUCUAGCACUUUGGGAGACCAAGGUGGGAGGAUCUCUUGAGGCCAGGAGUUCAAGACCAGCCUGAGCAAUAUAGUGAGACACCAUUGUGUGGUGGCAUGUGCCUGUAGUCCCACCUACCCAGGAGGCUGAGGCAAGAGGAUUGUUUGAGUCCAGUAGUUUUGAUGACAGUGGCGGGCAGUUUGGAGCAGAUGCUGUCAUCAUGCUGGCUGCAGUGGGGAGGCACAAGUCGGGCAGCAGAAGUGGCUCUGGGAGCAGCAGUGGUGGUAGUGAGUCCCCUGUUCCCUGCAUCCCCGAGGCAGCCUACUGUACCACCCCCACCCUUACACGGCUGGGCAGGACCUGCUCCUAAGCCCAGACCCUCUGCUGCAGCCUCAGCCUCGCUCCCUGCCGCAUCCCAGAAGCCCGCGAGCACCCUGCCAAAGGUGCAGCUGGGACUUGUAGGGACUUGUACUUGUGAGUACAAAAAUACUCACACAUGUGCACAAAGACCCUGCUCCUGCAGACUGGCUUCUUCACUGUUUCCUGAACACAGGACCACCGGGCUCAUUUGUUUGGGGUGGUUGGAGCUGCCAUGCUAUCUGCACCUUGCCCGCCGCUGCUGUGGGGAAAAUGCGAAGAGGAGAUGCAGCUGGGGCCACAUGUUCCACAGAGCUAGCGGGAAAUGGGGACAAGUGGGAGCCCCACCCCUUCCAAGUUGGUGAAGUGGGAGCUCCCUAGGUGCAAUUACAGCCGCCCAAGCCAGGGCUGCAACCCAGGCACCCCUGUGCUCUUGGGAGCCAGGAACAGGCAGGAGCCCCACCCUCCUUUGUGCAGCUGCAGCCUCCCAAGCUGCAGCUGUGGACCCAGGCAUCUCUGCACUUUUGGGGACCCAGGAAGGCCCCUUCCUGCUGCCGCAGGCUUGGAAGUGCCUGAUCCUGCUGUCUGGCUUCUCCCCACUGUCAGCACCUGAUCAGAUCAUGGAGCAAAGUUGAGGCCGAGCCUGGGUGCUAUCGCAGCCUGGCUGGGUGUGUGAAUGCUCUGGGUGGUGCUGACACACCAGCCCCCUGCCACCUUGGCCCCCUCCGGCCUUUGGGUGCCAACGAGCAUGGGAGGGAGGCCAAGAGGGGCUGAGGGCAGCUCGGUGCCGGCCUGCAGGCACCCCUUGGCACAAACAGCUUGGGUGCCAUGAAUGGUGGCAAGAGGCAGACAGGUUCCUGGGUGGAAGGGGGCGGGUCCCGGUGAAGCCCGACCUUCAAGCCAGGGAAGGCCUGAAGCCUAGGGGCUGGGCUGCCGGUUCCACGGACCGGAAUGGGAACUUUUGGUGCCUUUUCCGGCCCACCCAUGGCUGCCCAUGGACCAAUAGGCAUGUACUUCUUCCCCUGUGAGACCCAUAAAAAGUCCCUGACUCAGCCAGACCAGAAGAGACGAUGGGAUGACCAGCUGCAGGGAGGAGCUACCCUCUGUGCUGAGAGCUGGAGAGAUGACAGGACAACCUGCCCACAGAGAGGAGCCACUCUAGCCAGGGAAGCAAGCAGGCAUGCCAGCUCUUUCUUUUCCGGUAUUCCUGGGCCCAGUGGGUUCUUCUCAUUCAGUUACAAUUUUUGAUCUAAGAACAUUCACUUCCCAACUGAUCAGAAAGUAAAGGUGACUGGCAUGGUGUGGCUGUGAGAGAUGCAAUGUGACCUCAGAGAUGAACAUCCGUGCCGGGACCAUUUGGAGCAGGAUGUGGUAACCACCAAAUGGAAACCAUGGCCUUCUGGCUCGACCUAGAGCAUGAAUGUAGCAAAGCGAAGCCCUGUACACUUUAUAAAAACCAGCAGAAAGACACUCCAGUCUGAGUGAGCAGCUGGAACAAAGUCAGGUACCACCUGAAUAGAGGGGGUGUGGCAAGGGCAGGCACGAGACAGGAAAUCAGGCUGGAAGAGUAGGUUGGGCCUGGUCGUGUGUGCCAAGGCAGGCGGCAUUCUCUCAGGAGCAGUGGUAAGCCAUCGAGGCAUUUGUUACUAGGGGUAUGACAAUAUGAGACUGUAUUUUCAGAAGAUGACUGGGGCUGUGAUGAUGAAUGCUUUGCGAGGGAGUGGAAUUAAGCCAGAGAAACCAGCGAGUUUACUACUGCAGCCAUCCAGCCAGGAUACUGCAGACUUUCAUUCAACAUUUGGCAAAGACUUGCUGAGCACAUGCUGUGUGCUAGAGCUCAGCGUGCCUCUUGCUGUGCCCUACCUGGACAAACCCCCAACUCCGCUACACUUCUACCGGGACUGGGUCUGCCCCAGCAGGCCGUGCAUCAUCCGCAACGCUCUGCAGCACUGGCCGGCCCUCCAGAAAUGGUCCCUCCCCUAUUUCAGAGCCACAGUGGGCUCCACGGAGGUGAGUGUGGCCGUGACCCCAGAUGGUUACGCGGAUGCCGUGAGAGGGGAUCGCUUCGUGAUGCCAGCUGAGCACCGCCUGCCCCUGAGCUUUGUGCUGGAUGUGCUGGAGGGCCGGGCCCAGCACCCCGGAGUCCUCUAUGUGCAGAAGCAGUGCUCCAACCUGCCCACUGAGCUGCCCCAGCUGCUGCCUGAUCUGGAAUCCCAUGUGCCCUGGGCCUCUGAAGCCCUGGGAAAGAUGCCCGAUGCUGUGAACUUCUGGCUGGGGGAGGCGGCUGCGGUGACUUCUUGCCGUCUUGGGGUGCAGGGCUCUGAGCAUGAUGGUUUGCCGCCUCCUGUGCCCCUGCCCUCCAUACCCUGCCCCCGGGCCUUCUUUCUGUUGGCAGUGCACAAGGACCACUAUGAGAACCUCUACUGCGUGGUCUCAGGAGAGAAGCAUUUCCUGUUACAUCCGCCCAGCGACCGGCCCUUCAUCCCCUAUGAGAUGUACACGCCGGCAACCUACCAACUAACUGAAGAGGGUACCUUUAAGGUGGUGGAUGAAGAGGCCGUGGAGAAGGUGCCCUGGAUCCCACUGGACCCCUUGGCGCCAGACCUAGCCCGGUACCCUAGUUACAGUCAGGCCCAGGCCCUUCGCUGCACAGUGCGGGCUGGUGAGAUGCUCUAUCUGCCGGCUCUGUGGUUCCACCAUGUCCAGCAGUCCCAGGGCUGCAUCGCAGUGAAUUUCUGGUAUGACAUGGAAUACGACCUCAAGUAUAGUUACUUCCAGCUGCUCGACUCCCUCACCAAGGCUUCAGGCCUUGACUGAUGGAGCACUGGUGAACACGACCAAGCAUGCCUGGGGGGAAGGGGCCAGCCCCUCCCUGGCAGGGUCAAUUCUCGAGAGAGCCUGGAGUGUGCAUGCUGGCUGCUGGCCCGGGGUCCAGCAUGGCUUGAGAUCAGCUUUGGAGGAUCUUGGAAUGUGGUCAUAAGGACUCAAGGUGCCAGGCAGGUCUGGGUGAGGGUUCUCAGGAAGUUGCCACACAGGUGAGCAGAGUGGGGAUCAGGUGCAGCGGCACCUCUCCCCAGCGCUGUGAUGUUGGUGAGUCACUGCGUCUCGGGCAUUGGUGUCCUGUCAGUAAACAGAUAAUAAUGGCUCUACCUCGUGGGGCUGUUGUAGGCUUGGAGAUAAUGUCUGUCAGGACCAGCACGGAGCUGGCACACAGGACGUGUUGAAUAAAAGGUAGCUGUGAGUCGUA